AUGAGCACUCAGAAAAUACUAGAGUUAAAGAAGCGUAUUCAAUUUCGGGACCAGGAGUUUGAUUUGCUUAAUGCCUUCUUAUCACCCAAUCAUGAAGAAUGUGCGCCUGUUGUGUUUGUGCAUGGGUACAAUUCGGUGGGAAAAACACUUUCAGUGUUUUCGUUUCUCGAUACCAUAGGUGUGAAAAAGACAGUAAUUCAGUGUGACGAGGUGGUAAACAACAGGCUCCUCCUUCAAAAGUGUCUCAAGCUCAUCCGUACCGAUAGUGGCCAAGAUCUUCGGAAGUCCAACACUUUUUACGAUAGAGGAGGCUAUUCAGCGAAACUCACUGGCUGCGAUUCGUUUUCAAGUUUUGCAUUCAACUUACAAAUGUUCAUAGACCAAACAGGAUACAAUGACCCCCAUUUCUUAGUGUUGGACAGAAUAGAUCUGUUCAUCGACGAGCCCAUAAAUAUAGUCAAUUCCUUCAUCAGAAUGAGAGAUUGUACCAACAUCAAAAACAUCAUUGUGAUCUUCAUAUCGAGAACUGAGAUUCCCAACCCGGCUGUCACUAGUGCCAUACCCCAGGUUUACUUCAAACCAUACACUGACCAGCAAUUGGUGAGUAUAUUGCAAAAGAACCAAUUCUGUUUUUUUGGUGAUGAAGAGCUUGAUAAUAGUGUCGUAGGAACUCAAUUUUGGCACUCAUAUGUCCAAGUUAUAGUGGAUCUGUAUCAUGAAUAUUGUGGGACAAGCAUAAGCAUGUUGAUUGAUUUUAUCAGAACCGUGAAAACCCGUCAGAUAUCACCCAGUGAGUUCAUGAAGGUGUAUCGGGAACAAAGGACUAUAUUUCAGGAUGAUUCGAUACUUAACGCGGCGGUGAUAGACUAUAGAACCGAUGAAUUAGAGCAAGCAGGAACAAAAGUCUCGCUUUCAGAUUUCACUUACCUUGCUAAGUUCAUCUUGAUUGCUUCAUAUUUGGCAUCGCAUAUCGACCCCAGACUAGAUAUGUACUAUUUCACCAGUGCCAAGUACUCGAAAUUUGUAUACCUGUCAAAGAAGGGCAAUGAGAUCACAAAGAGGGAUAUCGACGUGAAGCUUCUCCAGCCCAAUUUCUUUGAUUUGGAGAGGUUAUAUGGGAUCUUGACGGUAAUAUACCGAAACGAGUCUGCAUCCUUCAACAAGGAUGAGAAUUCUCCUGAAUUUGCAGAUAAAACAGAAGUCUAUAUAUCCGAAAGACUGCACGAAAUAGCCAAGUUCUCGUUGGUUUCCAACAUCGACUUGCCCAGUCAAAUGGCAUCUCUUUUAUCGCGAGGGCUCAUUGUGAGACAGUUUAGCAGAGACAUUUUGCAACCAAAAACCAGAUGGAAGUCGAAUCUCAGCUGGGAAGAAAUCCUGAGCAUCUCGAAGGAUAUCGGCUUCCCUAUACAUAACUACCUAAAAUAA